GUCAAAAAUAACUAGAAACCUAUGUGCGUUCAUUUUUUUACUGCUACGGCCACAUCAUUGCCAAAUAUUUGUUUGUACUACAUAUAGAUAGACAAGUGGUGAUGUCCCAAAACAUGACCGUUCUAUAGUAGAAUCAAUUGCUUAUCAAUGAACAACGACCCCGUGAAAGCAGCCUCGAUUUGGUGAGGAGUUCUUCGCGAUAGAGUCGUUGUGCGAACGCAGUGAUGUUCGACUGAAUUAGUGCUUACAUAACAGCCGUAUCGCAAGGGUUCAGCGCCGCGGCAUCAGAAGGUAUCAGCAGUGUGAGAUUUGUCCCCCACAGUUCAUUCCCGUUUCCGGUUAGUUUUGUGCGAUUUUGAACAUGGAAGCUCUGGCCGUGGCACUGCAGCCGUACAAGGACACUGUCGGUCUAUCGGCGGCCGUCAUAACGGUACUCCAGUUCUUCAGCGGAGUGUUCGUGGUCAACGACAUCCGCCGGAAGGGUAGCUCCGAAGGAUUUUCGGCUGGACCGUUCCUGGGCGGUGCGGUGUUCAGUUUACUCAACGUCCAGUUCGGGCAGAUGCUGCAAGACGAUGCCAUGAUAAAGGUCAACUUGAUCGGUCUGGGGUUGAACGUGCUGUACGUGUGUGCCUUCUAUUGGUACACUUUGGGACCGGCCAAGAACAAGGUGUGGGGACAAAUCGGGCUGGCCGGAGCGAUCGCUGCCGGGUUGUUGGCGUACGUGCAGUACGAAGAUCCCAAGGUGGUCGAGUUCCGAUUUGGGAUGAUAUUGACCGUCAUACUGCUGAUACUGGUUGGGAUGCCACUGCUGGGGUUGGGUGAAAUUUUAAAGAACAAAAGCACUGAAGGCCUACCAUUCCCGAUUAUUCUGUCCGGUAGUUUUGUUUCCCUUGCGUGGCUGUUGUAUGGAGUCAUCUUAAGAAGUAAUUUCCUUGUGGCACAAAACGUGAUCGCUUUGGCGCUGGGGUUGGUUCAACUGUCGCUAUUCGUGAUCUUCCCGAGCAAGCCGGCCAAGAAGGCGACCAAAUCAGACAAGAAGAAAAACUAAGACUAACACAGACCUGAGAUUUUUUUUUAACUAGAUUCUUUCCGGUUCUUAAUACUUAGGCUACUACAUAAUUGACAAUAAUAGGAUAGAAGCUUAGCGUGGGGGGUUUUUAAACCUAGACGAAACGAUCUGCACGGAAUGUUUUUUUUAAUAUACUCUGACUUUCCCAAAAUUAUGUGUUACUCUGCGUGCAUGACUCGUCAAUGAAAUUGAUUCCGUAUAUUUAUAGAAAUUAGAAGUUUUGCAAAAAUGUUGGUGGCGUUUUUAAGAAGUUGUGCAAUGUUAAGGUAAAGGAUUUAUCCGGAAUAAACUAAUACCUGUUUCAGAAAGACAGACAAUAAAGUUGAAAUGUACCGUUUUACAAGAACAAUGAUUCACAAUAUUCCAUAUUUCAAAUACAGAUAAAAUAUAUUUACAGAAACUAAGCGGUAAAUAGGCCAAUAAAUUCACGCUUAGAGCGCAGCUAUAAAAAACAGUUAUCAAUGAAAUAUCUUAUUGCUCAAAAUAUGGAAGAUUAUUAGAGUGUUCUACUUUCAAUUCGUCACGAAUAAACAGUUAUUGAAUCUUA